AUGCACAUACAUCCUGUCUUCCAUAUAAACCUUCUUACAAAGUUCCAUCCUGACCCUCACAGAUGUGAUCCUCCCCAAACUGCACCUAUCAUCACAGAAGAAGGUGAGGAGGAAUACAAAGUAGAAAGAAUCUUGGACAGUAAAUGGAAAGGAUGCAGCAAAGUAAGGAAACUUUGGUACUUAGUCAAAUGGCACGGAUAUGACAAAGGCAGUAACUCUUGGGAACCAGUAGAUAACGUGGUCAACACUAAAGAGGCAAUAGAAGAUUUUCAUAAGGAGCACCCUGAUGCAGUUGGAGCUUGA